GUGCAGCUGCAGUUCUUCAUUCACAGCUGGACUGAGGCUGGUAGUGACUGCAGCUGGAGCCAUGGAACUCAGGUGGAUCCUUCUGCUCUUUGGCCUGGGACUGGUAUCAGCAAAGCUCUCAGGUGACACAGAAUUUGAUGUGGAUGGAGGCUAUGACUGGGACAUCUUUGACGUCAAUGAAGCUGCUGGGCUGGACUUGCUGGAGGGAGACAUUGAACAAGAUGAAACGUCCAACAGAAACUCCAUCCUGGGUGACAAGUACCGCUGGCCAACCACUAUUCCCUAUUACCUAGAGGAAAACCUGGAAAUGAAUGCAAAGGGAGUGAUCAUGAAGGCAUUUGAGCAGUACAGACUGAAGACCUGCAUCGAUUUCACACCAUGGAGAGGAGAGGAGAACUACAUCUCUGUGUACAAGGGGAGCGGAUGCUCCUCCUCUGUAGGAAACCAGCACAGAGGGAAGCAGCGGCUGUCCAUUGGUAACAACUGUGAUCGUCUGGGGACUGUAGAACACGAGUUCCUGCACGCUUUGGGCUUCUGGCAUGAACAGUCCAGAGCUGACCGGGAUGAUUACGUUGACAUCAUGUGGGACCGCAUUGAGCCUGGUAAACGACACAACUUUAAAACACGAGAUGACACCGAGUCCAGCGCUCUUGGUGUUCCCUACGACUACGGCUCAGUGAUGCAUUACAGCAAGUCAUCCUUCAAUAUCGGCUCUGACCCCACCAUCGUCACCAAGAUCCCCAAAUUCAUGGAUGGGAUUGGUCAGAGGAUGGGAUUCAGUGCCAGUGACCUCACAAAGCUAAACCGUCUCUACAACUGCACUAAGUCGUCAACCUUUGUGGACAGCUGUGACUUUGAGGAGGACAGCAUUUGUGGGAUGGUUCAGGGUCCUGGAAACAGACAGUGGGAACAACGUAGCUCUGUGAGUGGGGGGCCUCAGACUGACUUCUCCAACAUGGGCCAAUGCAAAGGGAAAGGCUACUUCAUGCACUUCAGCACAGCCUCUGCUGGACCUGGUGACCGUGCAUUUCUGGAGAGUCGUUGGCUUUUCCCCAAACCUGGAGCUCAGUGUCUGCAGUUCUUCCUCCAUAACAGCGGGGCAGCUGAUGAUGUUCUCAAUAUCUGGGUGCGAGAGUAUGGUAAAAUGAAGCUCUUCAAGAGUAUUUCAGGAGGUGUCACGGGGUCCUGGGAGCUGCACAACAUCAAUCUCAAUGUGACACGCAAGUCCCGUGUGGUGUUUGAAGGUGUGCGGGGAAACAGUCCGUCCACAGGAGGUUUUUCUCUGGAUGACAUUAACCUGUCCUCCACAAAGUGUCCUCAGCACAUCUGGCACAUACGCAACAUGACCCGCCUGAUGGCCACCACCCCAGAGGGAAAUAAAGUGUACAGCCCUCGCUUCCUGUCACCAGCAGGCUACUCCUUCCAGGUAGGCGUGUAUCUCAAUGGAAGAAGUGGCCGUCCAGGGUACAUGGGGACCUACUUCCACCUGACCUCAGGCCCCAACGACCACAGGCUCAAGUGGCCGUGUCCAUGGCACAUGGCAACCAUGGCCCUGAUGGAUCAGCAGUCUGAUGUUAGACAGCAUAUGAACAUGCACAGAAUGGUCACCACAGACCCCAACAAGAUGUCCUCUGAUGACACUGAGUACUAUUGGGACGAUCCCAGGAGGGUGGGCUCUAAAGUGACUUCAUCCGAUGGAAGCUAUUACUACCGAGGCCCAGGCUACGGAACAAGUACUUACAUGACCCACAGCAGACUGAAGAGCAGGAACUACAUCAAAGGAGACGAUGCCUUCUUCCUCUUCAGUUUUGAAGAUAUAUCUGAUCUGUUGGUAUCUCAGCCCCUUCCUGAUUCCAGCAGGUUGAAGGCUGCAGACCAAGGUGCUCCACAGGGAGCUGCUGAUCACACCUUAGAGGUCACAGUAGCAGGGACUGUGGGAGCAGCCUUGUUGGUGCUUUGCGUUCUGGUGGUAGGACACUCCUGGAGGAUCAAGAGGAAGAGCAGACAGCAGGAGAUCGACCAGGUGGUGAUCGUACAGGACAUGCCUGGAUUCAUGGAAGGGCACCCAACUAAAGGUUUCCCAUCCUCUCUCACUGCAUGAAGCCUGAUACAAGGAAGGAAAUCAGAAUUGUCAUCUCUAUAUCUAUUCACUCACAAUAUCCCCUCAUGUGUGCAGAAAAUAAAAUAUAUUAAUGCAA